GCGAUUUACAAUCAUAAACUUGAGUUUGCUUUGUACUUAUCACUGGAGCAUGGUUUUAUUAUGAUUUUUGAGCGCCAGGUGGCCGCGUUUUUGUUGUCCAUUUGUCGAACGGUACAGGUCUCAGCGCCAUUACAUCGAUAAAUGUCAUUGUAUCCGCGUCCCGCAAAAUAAUUUUGAACCGAUAAUUAAUUUCAAAUAAACCAGGCCAGCCGAUAUGUCGAGCAAACGGAAAAGUGCGACGACCAAGAAAGGCCGUGGCAAAAUGAGAAAGGUCGAAUACGACGAUGAGGACAUUUCCAGUGAGCACGAUUCGGACGUUGAUGACGCCGAGACCGGUUCGAACGCCAACGGUGAGGACGCUACCGAAGAUGAUCUUACCGAUGUCUCCAUUUUCCCGGAAUUGCCGCCACCUGAGGGAGGAUGGGGAAAGCCAGGAACAUUGCUCAUGUGUGGUCUUACGAAUUGGGAAAUGGCAGGUCGCAAGGCACCACCAAAAGGGGUCAAGCCUAACGUGGGUCGUAGCUUAUGGACGCCGCAUACUUUUAAAAACUUGAACGGGUCAAGAGUUAGAUUGGUUGCCUCUGGUCCAGCCGCUUCCCAUAGCAUUGUCGUUACUGAGGAUAACAGAUGUCUAGCUUUUGGUCGAAAUGAUAAAGGUCAAUUGGGCAUUGGAGACACUAAACGUCGAGAUGAGCCAACCGAAGUUACUGCAUUAAGGGGACACACCGUUAUAGCAGCAUUUUGUGGUCGUAACCACACCUUAUUUUUAACGAGUCGCGGAAUUGUAUUCGCCGCUGGGGACAAUAAGUUAGGACAAUGUGGAGUUGGGAAGAACGAUGCCUGUAUUGCUUCUGCGACGAAAGUAAAGUAUACUGGACCACCCAUAGUGAAAAUAGGUUGCGGCGCAGAGUUUUCGAUGAUCCUAGACAUUAAAGGUGGUUUACACUCGUUCGGAAGUCCCGAGUACGGUGCUCUGGGCCAUAAUACAGAUGGCAAAUACUUCAUAACAAACACAAAGAUGGCAUUCCACUUUGAGAAAGUGCCUAAAAGAAUCGUUUUGUACGUCGAGAGAGCAAAAGACGGUCAUGUCACGCCGCUGGACCGCGUCGAGAUUACGGACUUUAGUUGUGGCCAUUAUCACACCGUCGCGAUUGAUAGCAAAAACCGCGCGUUUUCUUGGGGAUUCGGCGGCAUCGGUCGUUUAGGCCAUAACGAGCAAAGAGACGAGUUGGUACCUCGUCUGAUCAAGUUCUUCGAGCCACAGAGCCGUGGCGUUAGAGCUGUCCACUGUGGCAGUACUUACAGCAUUGCCAUCAACGUGCACGGUUCUGCCUUGAUGUUCGGCCAAACGAAACGUACCGGAGAAGCUAACAUGUACCCAAAACCGAUUCAAGACUUAUCAGGUUGGGAAAUUCGAUGCGUAGGGUGUUCACAAACCAGCGUGGUGGUCGCGGCCGAUGAUUCAGUCAUUGCUUGGGGCGCCAGUCCAACAUUUGGCGAACUGGGUUUCGGUGAAAUGCGGAAAUCUUCGACCACGCCGAUGGAAGUGAAAGCGUUAGAAGGUUUAUACAUCACUGCCAUUGCCUGCGGUGUCUCUCACACGCUCAUGAUCUGCCGAGACGAGUCCGAGGAAGAGAAAGCUAAGAUCAAUAAGCUUCAAGUGUAUUCCGUUUAGAUCGCACGAUCCGCAACACGUAUAGAGGUAACAAGCUACGAAAAGAUUACUCGAUCAGCGUGCUAAGAAGUUCUUCUGUGUUCAUCACAACCGCCCCACGAACGGAUCAUAAAAACCCCAGAAAUGUAUCGCCACAUUCGAAUCGAUAAGUUGUCCCGAUAACCGAGAAAAAUCGUAGACAAAAGGAGGAGGAGGAGGAGGAGGAGGAGGAGGAGGAAGAUCUGUGAGAGCGGCUCUCGGAACAGACCGCUCAGGAAACGUCCAUAUUGACUACAGACUUAAAAGUUAUUACUUUAUUAUAUGUACUUCCACUUUUACUUAACGUACGAACGAACGAACGAACGAACAAACGAACGAACGAACGAACGAACGAACGUUUACCGUGAAUAGGGAACCCCCGUUUUUGUUAGUAGCUCAGGAUUAUAGACCAAACAGAUAGAUGCAGAAAAAUAUAUUUUGAUACGUUGCUAUUUUAUUGAAAUAUCUCUGUAUCUUCGAUCAGAAAUGAAAACAUGUAUGCAGAAGAGUGCUGGAAACCGGACAGGAACCCGUUAUGGAAUUUCACCGAGAUUCACUAUCCGUACUUUUUCCGUUUUCACAUAUUUUUUCCUUUUUACCCCGACAUGUGGAAAAAUAGCCUGUAUCAUUGAUUCAUUGCAGUAGUACCUGAAUCAUUAACACUUCGCGGUCCGCGGGACAAUCGGAGCUGUCGCGUUCCUUCAUUCCCGUCGAUUAGAAGACUCUUUAAAAGAGAAACUGCUGAAACCUGGUGUUGCCGAGCAACGUUUCAUUUUUUUCUUCUUUUACAAUAAAUGUAUAACGAUAUAUACAUAUAUAUGUAUAUGUAUAUGUACAAGAAGGCCCCGUGCCAGUCAGCGAAACGCGAGUGUUAAACCUGCAAAAAAUCAGUUUUAUAUUUUGUAUACAAAGACGAUGUAGAAUUAAUUAUAACUAGACCGCGGAUGUUUAUGCGAACGUACAUUUUUAAAGUUUUAUUUAUUAAGCUGGAACUUGAAACGGACAUAUUUAUGUUCCUCGUUGAAGAAUUUAUUUGUGUAAAAAUAGGAAUGUCAUCGUUAAAUUUCUUCAAUUCUCAUCCGUUUUCCCGUGUGCGCAACAUCCACGGUUUAAUUAUAACGAACCGUAUCUUAUGGUUUAAAACGGUUGAUGUUUUUUUCUUUUAUAAUAGACACAUAGAGGGUAUUAUUGAUGCUGAUAUUUUCGAAGCUCGUCUAUUCGACGAUCCAACAGCAGACCUUCUGUUCCGUUUCGAACGAACGUAAAAAUGCUUCCACAAAAUACCAGCAUUGUUUAUCAUACUUACGAAACUAAGAGUUGCUUUGCAGUUACACGAACAAAAACAAGGAAAGUCGUAGCGAACGGUAUACACUCUGUUGAUUGUAAUAAAACGCGGUUCGCAACAUCGUACACCGUCGGAACUUGAAAUGUAUACGCGUUCGUAUUUUUAAACUGUUCGUAUCCCCCCCCGUAGCGAGUGUAAUCGGAAUUUUAUAUUGUAAUUUUAUUUUAGAAUUACGUGUUGAUAGAUGCCACAAGGAAAGAAGAGACUCCGCGAGGAAUUUAGAAAACUAACAAUAAGUUGUUUAUACUUUUUUACAAGAUGCGAUCACAGCACAUCACUGCCACGAUACAUUUCGAGUGUAUUUUGUGAUGUCGAGCAUUCAUUCCUUUUCAAUUUCAUUAAUUGUUCACGCACGGAUACAGCCAGUAUCUGUUUUCGUACACGGGAGACGAGUGUACAAGGAAAAUUACAAAAUAAACGAAU